AUGGGAAUCGGCAUCGGCCUUGUCGCCGCGCGCGUCGCCAAGCUCAACGUGCAGGACUGGCGAUUCCUGGACAAGCUGCUGGUCAAGGACAUCGGCAAGGGCAAGCGCGCAUCAGCUCGGUCCGGCAGCAUCCAGGAGAUGAGCCACGCCGACUUUGUGGUCGAGGCACUGUCGGAGCGGCUGCCCGAGGACACGAUCCUGGCCACCAACACGUCGUCGAUCAGCAUCACCAAGAUUGCGUCGGCAGCCAAGCGGCCCGACAACGUCAUUGGCAUGCACUUCAUGAACCCGGUACCGGUGAUGAAGCUGGUCGAGAUCAUCCCCGGCCUGCAGACAUCGCAGGCGACGCUCGACACGACGCUGGCGCUGGCCCACAAGAUGGGCAAGACCACGACCAUGUCGCAGGACGUGCCUGGCUUCAUCGCCAACCGCCUGCUGAUGCCGUACAUCAACGAGGCCAUGAUUGCGCUGCAGGAGGGCAUUGCGUCCAAGGAGGACAUUGACACGACGAUGAAGCUGGGCACCAACAACCCGAUGGGACCGCUGACCCUGGCCGACUUUAUCGGGCUGGACACGUGCCUGGCCAUCAUGAAGGUGCUGCACAACGAGCUGGGCGACUCAAAGUACCGCCCGGCGGUGCUGCUGCAAAAGUACGUCGACGCGGGCUGGCUCGGCGUCAAGAGCGGCAAGGGCAUCUACGACUACCCGGCCAAGAAGUAG